UGAUAAAUCCACUGUCUGACAGACAGCUCGCCAAGUUAGCAGUGUUGUUGUGUUGUAUAUCUAAUGCUAGUGAUUACAGCCGAACCCACAGAGGAACAUAGUUUCCUGUUUUUAUUGUAACGCCAGCGAGGGGGGCGGUGUGAUUCAGCUGCAGUUACUUUUUAAAAGCCGCUCACAGUUGCUCUGGGGGGCGGAGUGUCUGCAAAGUGCUGCGCCGAUUGGGGCGCUCGAUCGGGGGAAGAGAGAUGGCGUGCUUGUUGGAGGCCCCUCUCCGCAUCAGUGUGCUGUCUGAAGUCACUGCCACCAGUCGCCAUUAUGUUGACAGACUGUUCGACCCCGACCCACAGAAAGUGCUGCAGGGAGUCAUUGACAUGAAGAAUGCUGUCAUAGGAAACAACAAGCAGAAGGCCAAUCUGAUUGUCCUCGGAGCUGUGCCGAGGUUACUGUACCUGCUCCAGCAGAGCUCGUCCAGUCUGGAGCUGCGGAGGGAAUGUUCCGUGGUGCUGGGCAGCCUAGCCAUGGGCACAGAGAACAACAUCAAGUCCCUGGUGGACUGUCACAUCAUCCCUGCCCUUCUUCAAGGUCUCCUGUGUCCGGACCUGAUCUUCAUUGAAGCUUGUCUUCGGUGUCUCAGAACAGUCUUCAUAAGUCCAGUCACCCCUGUGCAGCUGCUCUAUACUGACCCCACUGUGAUUCCCCAUCUAAUGUCUCUACUGAGUCGCUCACAGAAAACCCAGGAGUACAUCACACAGAUCUUCUCCCACUGUUGUAAGACCCCAGAGCACCAGACGGUUCUUUUUAACCACGGUGCCAUCCAGAACAUUGCCCCUCUCCUUAUCUCACCUGUUUAUAAGGUCCGGAUGCAGGCGUUAAAGUGUUUCUCAGUCCUGGCCUAUGAGAACACUCAGGUCUCCAUGACACUGGUGAAUGUGCUGGUGGAUGGUGAGCUGCUCUCUCAGGUAUUUGUCAGAAUGAUGCAAAGGGAUCAACCCAUUGAAAUGCAGCUAACAGCAGCCAAAUGUCUAACGUACAUGUGUCGAGCGGGUGCCAUCAGGACAGAUGACACCUGCAUAGUCCUAAAGACCCUGCCGUGCCUCGUGCGGAUGUGCAGUAAAGAGCAUUUGCUUGAGGAGAGGGUGGAGGGCGCAGAGACGCUGGCCUACCUGAUGGAGCCCGACGUGGAGCUGCAGAGGAUCGCAAGCACCACCGACCACCUGGUGGCCAUGCUGGCCGACUACUUCAAAUACCCCAGCUCCGUGUCUGCCAUCACUGACAUCAAGAGGCUGGACCAUGACCUGAAGCACGCACACGAGCUGAGACAAGCCGCUUUCAAACUUUACGCCUCACUAGGCUCCAACGACGAGGACAUCCGCAAAAAGAUCACAGAGACAGAGAACAUGAUGGACAGAAUAGUUAGCGGCCUGUCAGAAUCCAGCAUUAAAGUCCGUUUGGCAGCUGUCAGAUGUCUUCAUAGUCUUUCGCGGUCGGUGCAGCAGCUGAGGACCAGCUUCCACGACCACGCUGUGUGGAAACCCCUCAUGAAGCUGCUGCAGAACGCCCCAGAUGAAGUCCUGGUUAUGGCUUCCUCAACACUAUGCAAUCUACUGCUGGAGUUCUCACCCAGCAAAGAGCCCAUCCUGGAGUCAGGGGUGAUUGAAUUACUAUGCAGUCUGACCCAGAGUGACAGUCCCGCACUGAGGGUCAACGGGAUCUGGGCCCUGAUGAACAUGGCGUUCCAGGCGGAUCAGAAGGUGAAGGGGGAGAUUGUUCGGUGUUUGGGCACAGAGCAGUUGUUCCGCCUGCUGUCAGAUCCCGACACCAACGUGCUAAUGAAGACCCUCGGUUUGCUGCGCAAUCUGCUGUCAACGCGCCCACACAUUGACCAGAUCAUGAGUUCUCAUGGGAAGCAGAUCAUGCAGGCUGUGACCCUCAUCCUGGAAGCAGAGCACAGUAUAGAGGUCAAAGAACAGACGCUGUGCAUCCUAGCCAACAUCGCCGACGGCAACACAGCCAAGGAACUCAUUAUGACCAAUGACGACAUGCUCCAGAAAAUCAAAUACUACAUGGGGCAUUCGAAUGUGAAACUGCAGCUCGCUGCCACCUUCUGCAUCUCAAACCUUAUCUGGAAUGAAGAGGACGGUUCUCAGGAGCGCCAGGACAAGCUGAGGGAGAUGGGCUUUGUUGACAUCCUGCACAAACUCACCCAGGCCCCAGACCCCAACCUCAGUGACAGGUGGGGCGAAGACGGCGAUGCAGCAGUACCUAGCAUGACUACAGAGGAGAGAGAUCCCCUACUGCCAGCCUAACUAACAAUCGCCGGGAGGACACCUGCCAUCGGUUCUUUUGUUUCUUAUUUUGUUUAAUCUCGAGACUUGUUUCGUUGCACAAAGACACCUUUUUUUUUUUUUUUUGGACCUGUGGCUGGCCUCCCUUCACCUCCCACCCACCACCCAAUACCACCGCCUCAAACUUCACCGUGGAGACUCUGAGACCGUGGGUUGUUGGGAAAUCAACGGUUAGGAGGGGUUCUCUUGUUUUUCUUUUUCAACAAUGAAGUGAUUCUUUUUUCUUUUGGGACUUUGUGAUUUGUGAUCUUUUGUUUUUUUGGAGUGCAGCAGACUGACACCAGCGCCACUUCGGUGCUUUUGGACUCCCGAUAGCUGGAGAUUCAGUUCUCAGAGAACCGGACUACGAGGUUUGACACAAGAGCACGGCUGUUGGACAGCAAAGCUUCCCAGUUUUAUUUUUUAAAUUUUUAAUUAAUAUUAAUAUUAAUGUUUUCCUUAAGGCAUCACAAAGCAAGGACACAUUUGGAAAAACAGACUGCCUAUUUUGAAAUUUUGGGUGUUUUCUUUUUUGUGGAUACAUACCUCGUAAAUAUAUAAAUAUAUAUAAAUAUAACAUAAA